AUGCAGACAGCUGGGGACCCGCCCUGGGUGCUGGGUGCAGCCUCGCAGCUCCUGUGCCUCCUGCUCCUGGGGCUGCCGCUGGCUGCGGGGGGCCCGCUGCACUGCCCGGGGAACACCUACCCGGGGGGCAACCGGUGCUGCCAGGAGUGCCGGCCAGGUUUUGGCAUGGAGAGGCGCUGUGACGCCCAGCGGGACACGCUGUGCCGACCCUGCCCAACGGGCUCCUACAACGACGCCUUCAACUACCAGCCCUGCCGGCCCUGCACGCAGUGUUUCCACCGAAGUGGAAGCGAGACUCAGCAGCAGUGCUCGCCCACACGCAACACCAUCUGCCGCUGCAGGCCAGGAACCGAGCCCCGGGACCCAUACAGGCUGGGAGUGGACUGUGCCCCCUGCCCCCCUGGACACUUCUCCCCUGGCCACCAGCAGGCUUGCAGGCCCUGGACCAACUGCUCCCUGGCAGGGAAGCCCACACUGCGGCCGGCCAGCAGCACUGAGGACGCUGUGUGCGAGGACCAGGAUUCCAUGGCUACGCUCCCGACUCACACCCCCAGCACCUCCACCAGCACCCUCAGGAGGACCAAGGCCUCGGCCUCCCAGACACCCUCUAGCACCUCCAGAGGGCCCCCUGGGGGGCUGCUCCCAGCCGGCCGUGCAAUGGCCCUGGGUCUGGGCCUGGGUUUCCUGGUCUCUGUGGCUAUCCUGCUGGUCCUUCUCCUGCAUUGCCAGCUCCAGAGGCGACUGCCCUGCAUCCCCAAAACCCCAGGUGGAAACAGCUUCCGGACCCCUGUUCAGGAAGAGCACGCAGAUGGCCAGUCCAGCUUGGCCAAGAUCUGA